UUUAGACAGGUGACGUGGAUUGAUUAAAAAAAAAAAAAAAAGCAGCCGAGAGCAUAACUGGAAUAACACUCCCUCCAAAAUUAAAGUUCAGAACGCCAGGUCACAUGACCCAAUAACAGUCGGAGGUUGAUGUAAACAACAAAACAGCUUCCUAGUGGGAUGCACAUGUAUCAGAGACGAGAUAUAAGUGAACGAUUAAAUUUCCUGUCAACAAAUGACUAGACGACCUAAUAACAAGUGAGACAUUAUUUGUGUUCUUGUUUUUCAUUUCGUCAGAGAAACUAACUUUGUAAAUUGAAGAGUCGACCAAAAGUUGUUACAAAAAGAAGAAAAAAAAAAUCAGGAUGCUUUUAAACAGCGAAGAAACCAUGAACACAUGGAGUGAGAUACUGUUUGACAAGCUUUGGCCUACCACUGUGUUUGUCGUGGUUCUGAUUGCCGUGGGUGUCCCAGGUAACCUGCUCGUCUUCUGUGUUUACCUGAAGCGUUUUCGUCCCAGUGCCGCCAGAGUGUUCAUCCUCGCCAUGGCCGUGUGUGACUUCCUGACCAAUGUCAUCAGUCUUCCCUUGAUGAUUUUUCAUCUCAAGCACUUUUACAACUCUGUGGAUAGUCCAACCUGCAAAUUUAUUCAGGCUUCGUGGAGGUUCCCCACCAUCACGUCGGUGUUGUUGCUGGUGUGUGUGGCCGUUGAUCGUCAUCGUCGCAUCUGUUUUCCUUUCAAACCACAGAUCACACACCGACAAGCAAUACUCAUACUGCUGUUCCUGUUGAUUAUAACUGUACUGAUUACUUCUCCUUUUGUUAUCUUUUAUGGUCGAUUUCGGUGUUUUCUUGAGGAACAAUAUUUUCCGUCGCCUUGGAUAAAAGGCACUGCCGUCCUAUUGAUGAUACUCGUUGCUAUAUCAGUGAUCAUACUCAUGGUCUGCUACAUCCACAUCGUUUGCAAAGUUCGACAUUUUAAGAUGAACAGGCAGAGAAGAGGUAUAAACCAGCCAAAUAAGGAUGAUCAAGGACAGCAAUCAAAGUUUUCUUCUGAUUAUAGCGAGCCCCAGCAAGCGUGGGAUUCCCAGAACACCAAUCCUAACUCAGAUGCAAAAAAAGGUAAUUUCAGUGUAAUGACUAGUCCAGAAACAUCCUCAGUGGAUGCUCAGACGACACAAGAAAGUCUCAACACUGUUUUGAAUGAGCCUCUGUCUCUCGAAAUGCCAGUUAUGUUACAAGUUUCGUCGCCAGCAAUAAAAACAACUGUUGGAGUACAACUGUCAGAUAAUUCAAAUUUAAUACCGAAAAAUAUCACAAGUCCUCAACCAAGUGACGAACUGACUUCCGAAAAUACCACAACCUUUAAAGUUAAAGAGAAAGAAAUGAAGGAUGACGGGAAAAGAACGUUGGGAAGGAAGGACGGAGGAAGUAAACAAACACGAUUUUCUAAAACCACACUCAUGAUGCUCGUGCUGACCAUGACAACCAUUGUCCUCUUCGUUCCACACCUUGUUAUCGAAAUAUGGAAGGGUGGAUGUCUUGACGUCCAUUCACCUGUAAUGGAGAUGAACAUCUGUCAGGUGGCUCACAUCUUCCCAUACCUCAACAGUGUCAUCAAUCCCUUCAUCUACAGCUUCUGUAACCCAAAGUUUCGUCUGCAAUGUCGACUGUUUCUACGCAGUGUGUACAACUGUGUGUCGCUUCCUAUCUGAUUUGCUUUUAUGAGAGAUUCUUCAAGAAGAUAAGUAUUGGCAUGAGUCUGCUGCACAGCACCACUCCUGAGUACUGGUCAUGUGACUAACACGGAGCAUGCGCAAUUUUGAAGAGUUUUGUAGAAAGACACACCCAACACACACACACACACACAUCUUUAUACAUACAGCCACACACACACACACGUCUGUAUCUAUAUAUACAUAGAGUGAAAAAUAUAAAUAAUGUGUCUAUAGCCUUAAAAACGAUAUAUCUUUAGGUCGGUGAAUUUUUGUUUAUUGUUUCUUCUCCGAUGACUUUAAAAAGAUUCUCCAGUCUAAAACUGUACAGAUUAUGGCUGUCAUACUUCAGCAUUACGGAAUUUGUUUCAAAGAUUCUGUUUGUAUAAUUUUUACUUUUUGUACUUUGUCAUUAAUAUAGUAUUCUGCUUUAACAGAUUUUUGUUUUGUGUUUCCAACUCAUUUAACUUGUGCUAUGUUAUUUAAGCAUAAUAAAAUUCAUACAUUGUGGGAUUCUUAGCAAGUUCGUUAAUUAUCUUUUUGUUAAUAAUGUUAAUUCUUUAUAUUUUAAAAAGAAAGUACAGCGAGAGAAACUAGUCUGGAUGUUGCCAGUGUGAGAUUUCUAAUCACAGAUACACUUUCAAACACCAAAGCAUUGUAAAAAUAUUUGCACAUGAUUUUUUUCUACCUUUUAAUUGCCAUUUUUUAAUAUUGAAAAUAAA